GAUUUAAGAUUCCUAUACGUAUUCAUUUAUUUGAGUGUACACUGCUUUCUUCAGUAAUUUAGAUAGUUUAGGUAGGAAACUAAUCGGGCCAAAUCAGCAUAUGGUAUGUCACGGGAUUACUUUCAUAUAUUCAUCUGUCUCACACAUACAUAUAUGUAAUCGAUCGUACUUUUUCAAUGUGAACUAACUGCGAUUUUCUCGCCAACGUAUGCGUCUUUCACAUGUAUGCUUGUUGCUGUCAGUGUGACAAGUUAUUUGUCAUGGGCGAUGUGUUUAUCCAUGCUGAUCUUCGAUAUAAAACAACUACUCUAUAUUUUCAGACAGUGGGGAAACCGUUUGGGUUUUCACGGCUCAUCUCGCGAGCCACGGGAUCAUCAACUUGCUUAGGCGAGAGGAAAGCCUCGCAAUUAGCGUGAAAGGUUUUUCCGCAAGUGAUUUUACCUUUCGUUACCUGUAUACCUUGGCCAUACCGCCAGACUGGGAGGGACAUUCCAAAGGAAGCAAUCAUAAAUUAAUUUCGUCAAAAAAACCGGCCCAGGUAUCCAAGCUGAUGAAGAUGCAAACGAAUAGUUUCAGGACUCACUCUGAACAUUUCUGCAAGUUCUUGGCACGUUGUCCUGGAAUUUGCGUCCCCAACCUGUCGAAGAUCCUCGUUGUUCAUGAAUAAACUAAAAUAUUGAUGAGAACAUGAACAAAUCUCAAGGAUGGAAAAUGAAAUCCCAUAACCCGGGACAACAGUCUGAGACGUGGCAACGCUUACACUUACAACUAAAGAUGGUGGUGGUCACGUACAUAUAUACAUAGUUGUAAGGAUGGUACUUAUGGCUAUUUUCGCGCAAGCAUAGCUUUCUUUCAAUUGGGU